AUGCGCUCUCCGCCCGCCGCUGCCGCCGCCGCCUCGCUGCUCCUGGCCGCGCUGCUGCUGGUUGCGCCGCCGCUCGGGGAGUCCGAGAGCCCGAAGGGGAAGCACAAGCCGCUGCGCCAGAGGGAGGUGGUGGACUUGUACAAUGGAAUGUGUUUACAAGGACCUGGUGGUGUUCCUGGACGAGAUGGAAACCCCGGCAUCAAUGGAAUUCCUGGGACACCUGGAAUCCCUGGUCGGGAUGGGUUGAAAGGAGAAAAAGGAGAAUGUAUGCGAGAAAGCACUGAGGAGUCUUGGACACCCAACUUUAAACAGUGUUCAUGGAGUGCACUGAAUUAUGGCAUAGAUCUUGGGAAAAUUGCAGAAUGUACAUUCACAAAGAUGCGCUCUAACAGUGCUCUAAGAGUUCUCUUCAGUGGAUCACUUCGACUCAAAUGCAAAAAUGCAUGCUGCCAGCGGUGGUAUUUUACAUUUAAUGGAGCCGAAUGCUCUGGGCCACUUCCUAUUGAAGCCAUAAUUUAUUUAGACCAAGGAAGCCCAGAGCUGAAUUCAACUAUUAAUAUACAUCGCACUUCUUCAGUGGAAGGACUGUGUGAAGGAAUCAGCGCUGGGUUGGUGGAUGUUGCUAUUUGGGUUGGUACUUGUGCAGAUUACCCAAGAGGUGAUGCUUCUACUGGAUGGAAUUCUGUCUCUCGUAUCAUCAUUGAAGAGCUGCCGAAAUAGAAGUUUUUUCUAAACUUCCUUAUAACCCAUCGUUCCCAAGCCCCCCUAUCAAUUUUUUAUACAGAUUUUGUACAAUUAACUUUGAAAUUGAAUACUUCUGUAGAGCUUUGUAAGCAUCUGGCCAGAAUACACAGACUUGCUUACAAGCACUGUAGUUGAGCUUUUCCAGCUGAACUGUUUAACAUGUAGGCACAUCACUGUUAAGCACACCUGGCAAGUUCUUCUACAAUAUAUGUUUAGAAUAUUAGAAACAAGUUUGUCCAGUUGUUUUAUUAUAAUUUGGACUGAAUAUUUAUCACCUUUGUAAAAACUAGAGAUUAAAUCUUUUUAUAUCGGUUAAAUAAAUAAGACCUUUUUUAAAGAGAAGCAAAAAUCCAGGCUAUUUUAUUGUCAGCAAAAUGCAAAGGGUUUUACUUUUUACAUGACUAUUACGAAACAGGUGUAUUAGAGUAGCUUGACAGACAUGAAAGUAGUAUCUGUGGAGAAAAUACUAUACUUUAUUCUUCAUUUUAGAUUUCAAGAGCAUUAUUUAAAAGCAUCAAAUCAUAUUAUUCGAACUUGACUGUACUACUGUAGCACCAGAUUAUUCAACUUUACUAUAGUUCUGAUUCAACUCCCAUUAAUGUUAGUGAAAGUUGGAUCCAGGCCGAUAAGCAGCAGAAAAUAUCUCAUUUUAAAAGAUUAAGUUUUCAGCAUACCAUUUUGGCUUUUUCACCACUAAGUUAAAUAACUCAUUAAGAAGUUCUCCGCACCCAAUUUGUUUUUAAAGUUUUACAAUUUAAAAGCUAUGUGGUUAGGAAGAACUCAAAUUUUCCACUGAAGACACAAUCCAAAGGAAAAGUCACUAAAGCAUGUAUAACAUGUGAAAGUGUAAUAACUAGUUUUCCCUAAAAUUAAAAAGAAAAAAAACCUGUACAGCUUAGAUUCAGGUUUUAACUUUAUUUCUUUAAAAAAAAGACCACCACUUUGGCUCAGCCAGGUUCUGAAGAGAAUAUGCAAUACAUAUUUUUUAAGAUUGUUGCCACAUUUCCCUCUCAAAUUUCUACCUCCAUUUUGCAGUGAGUUGGUAUCAUAUAAACUAAUCUGAAACUAGGAGGGCUGUCAGGCUCUUCUAUCUGGAAACAAUAUCAGUGUUGCUGCUGAGGUCCAGCAAGCUAUACAGCAGAUAUAUCUCCCUAGAACUUUGUUCAUUGCCACUGUUUUCAUGGGGUUUCAGAGUAUAUUCUCAUCUUCAAGUGGUUAAUAAUGCAAUGCCCUAUUGAAUUAAUCCUACAUAAUAUGUACUUGAUUUUUUUUUAAAACAACAACUUCAUAAGGCACAUGAAGUUAACAACUGCAUUAUACAGAGAUGUUAAGUUUCGUAAUUCACAUGAUGGCCUUUGAGUAAGUUCAGUUAUCAUUCAAGUACAAAUGAAAUGUAAAUAUUAAAAAUGCCCAGAUAAUAAAGAAGGCUAGCUAAUGGAACCCUAAUAGUAUCCCAUCUCUGCUGAAUGCCACUAAUUUCAUAAUUUAGACAUUUAUGUUCUCAGGUCUGUGUGAAUGGGAGUAGGAAUGAGUUAUUUAUUAUUUGUAUUACUGUAGCACCUGGGAGCUCUAGUCACAAACCUGGACCACAUAGUGCUAGGUGCUGUAAAAACACAGCACCAAGAUAGUCCCUGCCCCAAGAAGCUUAGUUAGUAAAGACUUAAACAUGCAGGAAAGAUUAACCAAGAAGGCAGUAAGAUUAGUCAAUUGAAACAAACAUUCCUCUCAAUAUCAAGCUACUCUUCAGAUAGUUGAAUUAAGAAUGCUCAACAACAUUUUACCUUUUGCAAUGUCCUAAAUUCCAGGAUCAUAAAAUUACUCAAUCCAGACUCUUUCCAAAAUUACUUCUUAUGUAUAACGAACUUGCCAUAGGUUAGGCUGGCUUAUUAUGAAAAGAUGAGCUUUUGGAAUAAUCAAUUUCCUAAGCAAUAAAGAAGGUAAACCAGUUGCCAUGCUCCAAGUUACUUAACUUACAGGCUGAAUAAUUCUUGUAUUAACUUUAUUAACUCCUGCCUCUCAUUCGAUACUUUAUACAAAACAAUUAAAUGCUGUUACAAACGUGGAUAUUUGCAAAGAAUGCAUUUUCCUGAUGCAAAAUAAAGAACAACUAAAGUCUCCUAACUCCGAAAAACUUGUACCCUGGAAUGCCACUGCUGUUUCAAGUGUUCUUCUACAAAAUGUCCUGUAAUCUUUGUUUAUUGGGAAAAGUGCUGAUGCAAGUUAUGACAAUCACACUCUUAAAUUAAGAGGCAAGACGGCAUUUUUUUUCUUUUAAAAAAGGCAACUUCUCCCAUGCACACUGCUUAUGAUGGAAGACUACAUAUGGACUCAUGCAUUUCUGCUGUGGUGUCAAGUAAUACUUUGAAUAAAAAGAACAAUACUUGUGGCACCUUAGAGACUAACAAGUUUAUUUAGGCGUAAGUUUUGUGGGCAAAAACUCACUUCA